AUGGGUAGUGGUCAGAGCUCCCCCGGCCAGUCUUGCCUCGACGCCGUCUGCGGAAGCCGCACCGAAUGUGUUUCGUAUCCGAGCGAUCCUCUGUACCAGAUCUCUUGGGUAAAGCCGUACAAUCUCGACGUGCCGGUCACCCCCGCAGCCGUUCUACGACCCGAUAAUGCGCAAGAUGUUGCCGACGCGGUGAAGUGCGCGAUGGAACAUGGUUUCAAGGUUCAGGCCAAGUCGGGAGGUCACUCCUAUGGCAACCUUGGUCUAGGUGGAGAGGAUGGGGCGUUGGCGCUAGACUUGGUAAAUCUGAAAGGGUUCAGCAUGGACAUGGAGACUUGGCACGCGACUAUUGGGGCUGGAACACGACUGGGAAAAUUGGACGAGCAUCUGCAUGGCAAUGGGGGCAGAGCAAUGGCUCAUGGAACAUGCCCUGGUGUGGGCAUCGGAGGGCAUGCCACAAUUGGUGGCCUAGGACCAAUGUCCAGAAUGUGGGGAAGCGCGCUUGACCAUGUGGUCGAGGUGGAAGUGGUCACGGCAGACGGUGCCAUUCAGCGCGCAAGCGAGACCGAAAACAAAGAUCUCUUCUGGGCCCUUCGUGGAGCAGGAGCCAGCUUUGGCAUCAUCACAGAGUUCGUGGUGCGGACACACCCGGAGCCUGGUGAUGUUAUCGAGUACACAUAUAGCCUCACAUUUAGCUCCCAGUCAGAGAUAGCACCUGUGUACCAGGAGUGGCAGGGCUUUAUCGGCGAUCCAGACCUCGACCGGCGAUUCUCGUCACAGUUUAUUGCCCAGCCGCUUGGAGCACUCAUCACAGGGACGUUCUACGGCACCGAGGACGAGUACAAGGAUUCGGGUAUACCGGACAAGAUACCAGGAGGCGGCAAAGACAGUGAUGGGAUACUGCUGACGGACUGGCUGGGCAGUCUCGCCCACCAGGCAGAGUUGGAAUUGUUGUCGAUUAGCGAUCUGGCAACUCCUUUCUACAGCAAGUCACUGGCGUUCCGGAAGGAGGAUCUAUUGUCUGAUGAUAGCAUCACGGAGCUCUUCGACUACGUGGACGGCGCGGACCGCGGAACGCUGCUGUGGGCCAUCAUCUUCAACUCGGAGGGCGGAGCGAUGGGGGACACGGCGGCUAACGCGACGGCGUAUCCACACCGGGACAAGAUAAUGAUGUACCAGUCCUACGCCGUGGGCUUGCCGAAAGUUACAGACACGAUACGGACGUUUCUGGACGGAGUGCAUACCAAGAUCCAGAGCGGGGCGCCGGGGGCUAAUUCAACAUAUGCCGGAUACAUUGACACGGAGAUGGACCGAACGGAGGCGACGGAGCUCUACUGGGGGAGCCAACUGCCCCGGCUGAGACAGUUGAAGAAGGAGUGGGAUCCAAAGGAUGUGUUUAGCAACACGCAGAGUGUGCAGCCGGUCGAGUGA